AUGGUAACCAAAACCGCCAUCGCUCUGCUCGCAGCGGUUUUCCCGCUUGCUCUUUCUGUGCCUCUUACCGGAAGCAAAUCGGAGCUUCGCCUCGUCAAGACAUCUGAGGAUGACGCCGGACAAUGGGUGACUGAGCAAGAGAAAUUCGACAGAUUCACCUCCAAGAACAUUGGGUUCAUUGACAUCACCGAUAUAAAAGAUGAGGAAGUGUUGUCCAUUUUGUCAAAGCCAACUUAUGAUACAUCUCUCGCCGCUCGUGCUGUCGUAUACCCAAGCAGUGUCUCGCAUGUGGACGAAGCGAAUGCACUCAUUGCAAAUGUAUCUACAGCUGGCCCGCAAUCUUGGUUGACAACAUUCACUGGGUUCACUACGCGCCAUUAUCGCUCGACUACUGGCACGCAGGCAUCGGCUUGGCUGUUCGACCAAGUCUCCAGCAUCGCUGCCGCAAGGCCCGAGAUUACUGUGCAGAGGUUCGCCCAUACGUGGAACCAACCUUCAAUUAUUGCUCGCCUGCCUGGACGGACGUCCAGUCUCAUCAUUGUCGGUGCUCAUCUUGACUCCACCGCCGGCUCAACGACAGCCCGCAGUCCAGGCGCGGAUGACAAUGGCUCUGGAUCUGUCACCAUCCUAGAAGCCCUCCGUGUGAUUACCCAAUCGGAUUUCACCCCCAAGAACACGAUUGAGUUCCAUUGGUACGCCGGCGAGGAGGGAGGCCUUCUCGGUUCCCAGGCCAUCUUUGCCAACUACAAGUCCACUCAGAAGACUGUCCUUGCCAUGCUCAAUCAAGACAUGACUGGCUUCUCGCCGAGCAACCAGCUGGCCGUGUAUACUGACUACGUCGAUGCAGCUCUGACACAGUAUGUCAGAGUCAUUGCUACUCAGUACACGGGAGCCGCGCCUCUUACCACACGAUGCGGCUACGGGUGCUCCGACCACGCAAGUGCUCGAUCAAAUGGAUUCCCAUCUGCUUUUGUCAACGAGGACACAUUUGAGAGGUCCAAUCCCAACAUCCAUAGCGCUGCAGACUCUCUUGAGAAGAUACAGUGGCCAGCUAUCCUUCGCCAUGCCAAAUUCACGGUUGGAUUUCUUGUGGAGGCAUCAUAUCUUUGA